AUGGCGCCAACUGAGCUCGAUGGCCGACGCACUGGGCGUCCUAGUACCAAGCAAAUUAAGGGAAUGCCCAAGAAGCACAAAAACCUCUACCAUACCUACGAGAAAAAGCUUCAUAUAAUCAACUGGCGCAAAGAACAUUCCAUGGAGUCCGCCAUCGACACGUUCUUCGCCGGUGUUGCGGGAGACAAGCGCACAACAGCUCGAACGCGGGACAUGCGUACACUACGCAAGCAAGGCAUAUCUACAACGCUCACCCGUGUUGCAGAGGAAAACAUUGCUCAAUGGGUAUCUGAACUUCGUGAAGAUGGCAUACCUGUAUCGAAGACUCUCCUCGCGUGCAAGGCAAUGGAUGCGGCGUUGGAACAAGGCUUAGCAGUGAACCAGUUCAAGGCAAGUCCAUCGUGGAUGAAAGGGUUCAUGAAGCGGUGGGGACUUGCGAUCCGAGCGAAGACUCGCUCUGGCCAAGCGAACCUUGCUGAUGGAGAGAAAGCUCUUGCCGAGUUUAAGACAUCUAUUCAAAAAGGUUCCAAAACUGUGUGGAUCAAGGCGUCUGGUCACGAAAAGGAUCGCGUGACUGCUAUGCUUCUGGCCGAUUCCAAGGGAACGAAAUAUCCUCCGUUUUUGGUCCUGAAGAGUAAAGCAUCAACAAUCAAGGAAGUUGUUCAAGAAAACCUUACCCAACGUCACGGUUUUGGGCGUCAAGUUUGGAAGGAAAUCGAAGACCUCGAAGCCAAUUUCCCCCUCCAAAUCUAUGGGAACCCUUCGGCCUGGUGGAAUGCCGGUAUUUCCUUGCGCUUCCUUGACUUCCACUUUGGACAUCGACGCGGCCAAGCGGUGGACCCAGUCUUGCUCCUAUGGGAUGACUUUAGCGCUCACUUCACUGAUGAAGUUGUCCAACGAGCGAAGGACCUACAAGCGUCUGGUCACGACAAGGAUCGCGUGACUGCUAUGCUUCUGGCCGAUUCCAAGGGAACGAAAUAUCCUCCGUUUUUGGUCCUGAAGAGUAAAGCAUCAACAAUCAAGGAAGUUGUUCAAGAAAACCUUACCCAACGUCACGGUUUUGGGCGUCAAGUUUGGAAGGAAAUCGAAGACCUCGAAGCCAAUUUCCCCCUCCAAAUCUAUGGGAACCCUUCGGCCUGGUGGAAUGCCGGUAUUUCCUUGCGCUUCCUUGACUUCCACUUUGGACAUCGACGCGGCCAAGCGGUGGACCCAGUCUUGCUCCUAUGGGAUGACUUUAGCGCUCACUUCACUGAUGAAGUUGUCGAACGAGCGAAGGACCUACAAGUGUACCUCUACCGUGUGCCGCCAACUUUCACAUGGAUAUGCCAGCCUGGCGAUGUUGCAUGGAUGAAGCCUAUCAAAGCAUCAAUGCGACGUAAAUGGGUUGACUACCUACAACGAUCAAUUGAGCUUAACGGCCGAGGCGGAGGCAGGGCGCUUCGACUGAAGUGUCCUGAGCGCUGGGAUAUCGUCGAGUGGAUCUCUGAUGUCUGGGACGAACUGCCUACGACAACAAUUGUGAAAGGAUUCGAAAAGUGCCAAAUUAUUGACCCUGGUACCGAUCUUGUAGACAAUACCCAACAGGAUCCCGAAGACUCUAGUGGCGAUGACGUCUUGCAGGAUCUCUGCGACACUGGUGUUUUCGAGGUUUUGGAUCCAGAAGACGACGUUUCCCUUACGUGGAUGGAGUGCAUUGACUGA